GACCUUUAGCAAGGUCAUUUCCUGUUUAGAUUUCCCAGGUGAAUAUUGGUGGCUCAGGUUCAGGAGCCAAGAUGUCCACAGCCCCUUACCAGUGUACACUGACCCCAGAGCUCCAAGACAAGGCUAAGAAUGAACUGAAUGAGGACCCUGAGUGGAGAGCCAAGGACGUGGCCGCACUCAGAGACAUGGUCAACAAAUAUACAGGUUUGAAGUGCAGAACAGACGAUGCAUUCCUACUGCGUUUCUUACGAGCUCGUAAAUUUGACCACCAGAGGGCAUUUGAUCUGCUGCUGAACUACUUCAAGAAGAGGAAGGAGAACCCGGACAUCUUUGAGAACUUUACACCACUGAACCUGAAGCACAUGUUUGAGGCUGGAGUAAGCAAUGUGCUGGAUUGUAAAGACAAGCUUGGGAGACGAAUUGUUCUAUUAAGAAUGGGUCGCUGGGACCCAGACAGAUACCCUGUGACGGACGUAAUGCGCACUCAGCUGCUUAAUUUGGAGAAAAUCAUACAGGAUGAAGAGACUCAGGUGUCUGGGUUGGUUGUAUUGGUUGAUGCUAAAGGAAUGACUUGGAACCAUGGGAAACAUUUCAAUCCUUUCUUCGCUAAGAAACUGAUGUCAAUAAUACAGGAGGGCAUGCCAAUACGCCUGAAAGGAAUCCAUUAUUUCAACGAACCUUCCUUCAUGGGGACUAUAUUUGAAAUGAUCAAACCAUUUAUGAAGGAGAAGAUUAAAAAAAGGGUCAAUUUCCAUGGAGAUAGGAAAGAAGAGCUGCUGGAUGUUUUCCCGAAAGAGUUGAUGCCUGAGGAAUAUGGCGGAGAUCAGCCACCGUUCAAUCACAAGGCAUGGACUGAGAAGAUGUAUGCAUCAGAGGAGCAGUUCAAGGAAAUGGCCAAGUACGAGCUGGAGUCGUAUGUUCCUAUUAAAGAGGAGAACCAGGCUGAUGCCAUCGGUGGUGUCACUGGUACGUUUAAGAAGUUAAAUGUGGACUAAAUGGUGGCAAAGAUUCCAACCAUCUCUGUUUUGAAGCCAGACAUUGUGACUGUGAACCUGGAUGUCUCCUGGGUUCAUUUUUUUCUUCAAUCAAACAAGUACUGAAAUGUCUGCAGUUUUUUUUAAACCAAGUAUAGUGGUUACUUAAUACAUUCCAGCAAGUUAAUUUCAAUUUCACAUCUGAACACAGUGUAUUGCUUGUAGUAGGGAAGACUUUAAGAAGGUCCUGACGGUGAAGUUCAUGUCAGAAAUUUUGAAAUGGAAAAUUUAGCUACUUUGCACAACUGUGCCUCCAUAUAUGAAAGCACAAAUGGAAAAGUGGUUAAGUUGUAAAAGUUUAAGAAAUAGAUUACACACCUUCCUGCUCGUCAGGCCAUUGUAGUCCCACACUGGGGGUGACAUGGGUCAUGUGACCGCUACACAAACUUAGGAAUAUGAUAUGUGUCGAUAAAACUAAUCGGACUGAUGCUUUGCUUUCUGAAUAGCCAAUAUAUUAUGCAUUGGAGUGAUAUUUUUACUAGAAUUGACUUAC